AUGUGCUCCAUCACUCCCGCCAUAGAAGAGCCGCGGAUGCACGGAUGUCGGGAUGAAGUCAACCAGGAGAAAGGCACUCAACAUACUUCGAUCUUGCCGACCCUGGAAAAAAACCACCCCAGUCGAUAUGUCCUGGGAUUAUUUCGAGUAGACAGUGCUGGUGAAAGCGGCCGUACUGGAAUCCACCCAACUCAUUUCUUUCGCGUGGUAUUCAAAAGUGUCUGUACGGCUUCCAUGAUGGUCAAUGUCUUGUGGCCCUUCGUUCCAGCCGCUAUUGUUAUGCAUUUUGCUCGACCAGACCUUCACGUAUGGGUUUUUUCCCUGAAUUAUAUCGCCAUGGUUCCUUCCGCCAAUGUCCUCGGAUUUGCUGGUGGAGAGUUAGCCAAAAAGUUGCCCAAAACGCUCGGAGUUCUACUAGAGACUGGAUUAAGUUGCUCGGUUGAACUGGUACUGUUCAUGGUAUUGCUGCAUAACGACAAAUCGGGCGAGGGAAACCUUAUCCCAGUCAUUCAAGCUGCCAUUCUCGGCUCCAUCAUGGCAAACUUGCUGCUCUGUCUGGGUACCUGCUUCUUCGUCGGUGGUCUUAGACGGAACGAGCAAGUCUUCCACGAGGCUGUCAGUGAGGUUGGAACCGGUUUGUUACUGGUCGCUGGAUUUGGAUUAUUGAUUCCUAGCGCCUUCUACUCGGCAUUGAAAUCAGCCACCAAUACAGAAUUCACCCUCGCUACGCUGGAAGACUAUACUAUGCAGAUUAGUCGCGCCACAGCUGUUGUACUCCUCAUCGCAUUCUUUAUAUUUUUGAUUUUCAACUUGCACAGCCAUAACUCAAUCUUCGACGACAUCCUGGAACUGGACGAGGCGCAAGAUGUGGACCGACACAAGGAGUUGCAACGAGCGAAGCUCACCUUCGCAGAAUGCAUGGUGGCCAUCGCAAUCGCCCUGACCUGUGUCAGCAUGUCAGCAGUAUUCCUGGUUCAAGAAAUUGAACACAUCGUGGCCCUAGGAGUUUCGGAUAACUUCCUGGGUCUGAUACUCGUUCCGCUGGUCGAAAAAGCCGCCGAACAUUUGACAGCCGUAGAUGAGGCUUGGGACAAUCAAAUCAACUUUGCGCUCUUUCACUGCAUGGCUCCUUCUAUCCAGACAGCCCUUUUCAAUGCGCCAUUGGCAGUCCUUGUCGGAUGGGGAUUGGGCAAAGAUAUGAGUCUCAACUUUGAAAUUUUCAUGGUUGUUCUCCUGGUGCUGUCGAUUCUGGUGGUUGGUAAUUUCCUGAGAGAUGGGAAGUCAAAUUACCUGGAAGGGGCCUUGUGUGUGCUGAUCUAUGUGAUUAUUGCGGUCACCACAUGGUAUUAUCCCAAAGUUGAUGUGGCAUCGACCAAUCAAUCCUAA